AUGCGUGCCUUAAUAGAUCCUGGGGCCCAGAUGUGUUUGAUUUCUGAAAACGCCGCUCAACAGCUAGGGUUACCACGACAGCAAGAAAAAGGAGUGAUCACAGGAGUGGGCCUUAGAGAUAGCAAAUGUAAAGGCAUGCUGUAUGUGACCUGUUUAUCAUCAGAUGAAAAAUAUUCCUUCAACACCGAAGCCUUUAUUAUGAAGGAUUUAACAAGAAAAUUACCCAAUUUCACCUUCCCCAAAGCAAGAUGGGAUAUUUUGGAUACUUUACCUCUGGCAGACUACAAUUAUAAUGUCAACAACUCGAUCGAUAUAUUACUGGGUGCUGAAAUUUACGCAACUAUUUUGAUGCAUGGAAUGUACAAGCAUGAAAACUUAUCCCUUGUUGUACAAGAGACGCACUUAGGAUGGAUUAUAUGUGGGAGAGUACCGCAAAGCUUUCAAUGCAAUUUGGUGUUAAAUAACAUCGAAGACAUACAGAAAUUUUGGGAAAUUGAAGAUAUUCCAGCACAAACACUCAAUACCAAUGAAGAAGAUGAGUGUGUCAAAUACUACAAAGAAACAACAACAAGGUUGGCAGACGGAAGAUAUCAAGUACGGAUCCCUCUGAAAAAAGCUGGUCUACAGAAACUAGGCCACUCAAAAAGUAAAGCUGUGGCGCAAUUCCGGCAAUUGGAAUACAAAUUCAACAAAAAUAAACAUAUUGCGCAACAGUACAAGUCAUUUAUUCACGAAUACCUAUCAAUGGGUCAUAUGACUAUAUCGCCGACUAAACAAUGGCGGAACGCACGUGAGGCACGUGAGGCGAGUGAGUGCUACUUACCACAUCAUUGCGUUUUAAGAGAAUCAAGCACCUCAGCUCUUCGGGUCGUAUUCAAUGGAUCAGCGAAGACAUCUACAGGAGUCAGCCUUAAUGAUAUCAUGCACAAAGGGCCUAACCUUCAAAAGGACCUUUUAUCGCUCAUCUUAAAAUGGAGACAGCACCGUGUAGCUUACAUCGCCGACGUCGAGAAAAUGUUUAGGCAAAUAUGGGUACAUCAAGAAGAUCAGAGUCUGCAGAAGAUUAUUUGGAGAGAUUCGCCAAACGAAAUGUUACAAGAAUACCAACUAACAACAGUUACCUACGGUCAAAAAGCUGCACCCUUCCUAGCAAUGAUGACCUUAAAACAAUUAGCCCAUGACGAAAGAUCAAACUACCCUGAAGCAGCAAAAGCGCUCGAAGAAAGUUUCUAUAUGGAUGACCUUCUUCACGGUUCCCAUUCCGUUUCAUCAGCCAAGCAAUUGCAGCAUGAAUUGCAAAAGCUACUACAGUCUGGAGGCUUUUACUUAAGAAAAUGGAUGUCAAAUUACCAAGAACUGGCCAGAACCGACAAUCAAGAUACUUCAGAUGAAAAUAACUACUACUUUAAAGAAAUGGAAUCAAGAAAAACAUUAGGACUCCAAUGGGACCCCUCUCAAGAUAUAUUUCAUUUCGAAACAAAAAUGGAAAUCGUUUCGGACGUACAGCAAAACACUACCAAGCGUCAGUUGUUAUCAGAAAUCUCCAAACUAUUUGACCCCUUGGGUUGGCUCACACCCAUAUCCACCAACUUGAAGCUGCUUUUCCAACUUUUGUGGAAAACCCCUCUGAAAUGGGAUGACAAUAUACCAAGUGAUAUGCAUAAAGAAUGGUUAAUUAUUAAACAAGAUAUAAAUAAUAAUAUAAACACAUUUAAAAUACAGCGAUGGAUCGGCACCGGCGGUGUCAGCGAUAUCGAGUUACAUGCAUUCAGUGACGCGACGCCGCGAGCUUACGCGUGCGUUAUCUAUUGCAAAAUAUAUAUAGAAGGCCAGCCGAAAAUCAUCUUACUAGCCGGAAAAUCAAGAUUGGUACCGAAUAGCAAAAUUAUCUCCCUACCAAGAGCAGAGUUGUGUGGAGCCCAUCUUCUUGCAAAAUUAACGACCAAGGUAAAACAAUGUUUAAUCAACCAUAAUAUCAAGAUCUAUGGUUGGGUAGAUUCGACCGCAGUUUUGGGAUGGCUGCAAGGUGAUCCUAUCCGCUGGAAUACAUUCGUCGCCAACAGGGUGCGACAAAUCACAGAAGUCAUCCCUCCCGAGUGCUGGGGCUACGUUAAAUCAGCAGAGAAUCCUUCGGAUUGCGCAAGCAGAGGACUUACCGCAUCACAAUUAAAACAACAUUCUUUAUGGUGGCAAGGGCCCACCUGGCUACCGACGUUUCAAGCAAAGAGUCAAGAUAAAACCAUUAUUUACACUACGAACGAAGAGCAAAAAAUCAUGCAGGUUAACGUCGCCGUCAACACUGAAACAGAAGAUAAUAUCAUCGACCAGCUAAUUGACAAAUAUAGUUCGUUAUCAAAACUAGUGCACGUAGUAGCCUGGGUCCGAAGAUUCAUCACGAAACAGCAAGACAGAAAAACUGGCAAUUAUCUUCAUUUAUCGGAAAUAAGAGAAGCAAAGGCCUUAAUUAUCAAGCGGGUCCAAAAAGCAGAAUUUCAAAAUGAAUAUCAUGAUUUGAAAAAGGGUCGACCUAUUUCGACUAAAAGCAACAUACUUGCUUUGUGUCCAUUCUUAGAUGAAGACGACAUCCUGCGAGUCAAGGGGAGAUUGAGAAACGCGUACAUCGCGUAUGACAUGAAACACCCGAUCAUUUUGCCACACAAGCAUCGAUUGACUAGCCUUAUCAUUGAUAACGCACAUAAAAUGGUUCUUCAUGGCGGCGCCCGACUAACCCUAAAUUUUAUAAGAAACAAAUAUUGGAUCGUCGGAGGCAACAGCGUCACUAAGCAAUUUAUUCGACACUGCGUGACAUGCAAAAAACAAAAAGCAAACCUGCAAAAUCAAAUCAUGGGAGACUUACCUGCAUCAAGAAGCAAUUCAUCUCGUCCUUUUGAACACACUGGCGUAGACUUCACGGGGCACGUAUUCCUCAAGGCCAACAAGGGUCGUGGUAUCAAGACUACUAAAGGAUACGUGUGCGUGUUUGUCUGCAUGGCUACAAAAGCGGUCCAUCUCGAACUGGUAUCGGACAUGACAGCAUCCGCUUUCAUAGCAGCGUUGCGAAGAAUGGCUGCGCGAAGAGGUACUCCAUUACACAUGUACAGCGACAAUGGAACAAACUUCCUUAAAGCCAGCAAGACACUUCAGGAAGAAUACCUCGAAAUCCAGAACAUAGUAAAUCCAGAGUGCCUGGGUACGAUAUCCGACAUGGGAAUCUCCUGGCACUUCAAUGCACCCGCAUGGCCAACAGCCGGAGGCUUGUGGGAAAGUUGCGUCAAAGCGUUCAAGUACCAUCUAAAACGGGUCAUUGGAGAUCAAAAGCUCACUUAUGAAGAAUUCAGCAGUUAA